AGUAUCUCUCCUCUCUACUGCCAGCUGGUGAAGCGGCGUAUAGUUGUCGUGACGGAGGAUCCGAAGCUGCACUUGGUGUGGAUCUACGACUGCAUCUUCGUCAAGCUGCUCCUACGUUACUUGGGCUCGCAUAGAUUCUGGCAAGACUAUCUCUGCGGCGAUGGCGGGCGUACGUCACGUAUCUGCAGGGCUGCUCUGGGCUAUCUCCGGACGUACUGCUACUUCGUGCGGUAUGAGUCUGACUUCCGCAUCGCCCAGGAUCCCAGCCUGUGCCUUAUUCUGGCUGAUGUGUCUUGGGAGUAG